AUGGCUCAACCUACCAGACAGUGGGGUGUGACACCCCCAAUCUCGACUGUUCUACCUACCAAAGAUGAGUUGGUUGCCAACGAUGACCUUAUCGCGGAGCUGAAAGCACAAGACAACUUUGAACCUCCUAGCGAGACUGAGCGGCGACAACAAAUGCUUCAACUACUCCAACGUGUUGCCUUGGAGUUUGUGAAGCUUGUCAGUCGCAGGAAAGGAUUGUCCCCUGCGGCGGUUGAGGCCUCUGGUGGAAAGAUCUUUGCUUACGGAAGUUACCGUCUCGGUGUUUAUGGUCCAGGAUCCGAUAUCGAUACCCUCGUCGUCGGUCCACAGCACGUUCUCAUCGAAGAUUUCUUUGCCGAUUUCCUACCCGUUCUCGAAAGAUUGGCCCCGGAAGGAACAAUUGAAAAAAUGACACCUGUUCCGGAUGCCUUUGUACCUAUCAUCAAGCUUGAGCUUGCUGGUAUCAGCAUCGAUCUGAUCUUCGCUCGACUUAUGGUUCCUUCUGUACCGAUGAAUCUUGACUUGAAGAAUAAUGACUAUCUGCGUGGGCUGGACGAGAAAGAGGUCCGAUCGCUCAAUGGCACUCGUGUCACGGAUGAGAUUUUGGAGCUUGUUCCGCAACAAAAGACUUUCCGUCUGGCAUUGCGUGCAAUCAAACUAUGGGCUCAACGCCGCGCGAUAUAUGCAAACAUUGUCGGUUUCCCGGGAGGUGUCGCAUGGGCCAUGUUGGUAGCGAGAGUUUGUCAAUUAUACCCCCAAGCGACUGGUUCGGUAAUUGUGGGCAAGUUCUUCCGUAUAAUGAACAAAUGGGCAUGGCCGCAGCCUGUUCUGCUCAAACCAAUCGAGGAUGGACCUCUGCCGAUGAAAGUUUGGAACCCAAAGAUUUACCACGGUGACCGUUUCCACCUCAUGCCUAUCAUCACCCCUGCCUACCCUUCCAUGUGUGCAACUCACAACAUUUCUGUGUCAACAAAGACCGUGAUUCUUCGGGAGCUCCAAAGAGGAGGUGAUAUGGUUGAUAAGAUUUUCAUGAAGCAACUUACCUGGAAUGAUCUGUUCACUCGUCACUCCUUUUUCACCAACGCCUACAAGUAUUACCUCAGCAUCACCGCCUCGAGCAGAACCAAGGAAGCGGAGGGUAUCUGGUCGGGUCUUGUGGAAUCCAAGCUUCGGCAUCUAGUGGGAGCUCUGGACCGGAAAGCCGUCAUUGCCGUGGCUCAUCCCUUCCCAAAAGGCUUUGAACGAGUUCAUAUCACAAAGAACGAGCAAGAGGUUGAGGCAGUCAAAAAUGGAUCUACCAAGUACCAGGCCAAGGGAACCACAACGGAGACAACUGAUGAGACCAAAGAUGCUGCUCACCAGGCUGCCGCCGAGAGUGGCGCGGAGAACGUGUCAGUCCCGGAGCCCUCUGAAAAGCUGGCCGAAAAAACUGAUGGCCUGACCAUGUACACUACGACCUACUAUAUCGGACUCGAGUUGAACCAGCUGGAACAAGGUGCUCCACGAUCUUUGGACAUCUCGACCGACUCUCAGAUAUUCAAAUCUACUUGCACAUCAUGGCCUGGGUAUCAACCCGAGGUAAUGGACCUGGCAGUCACACAUGUCCGCAGUUUUGAUUUGCCAGAUGAUCUGUUCGAGCCUGGCGAAACCCGCCCAGUUAGGAAAACUAAGAAAGUUCCAAAGAAGAAUGUCCAGAAGACCGACGGGGCCAGUCAGGGCCAAAAGCGAAGCAUCGAUGAGUUGGACGUCCCGGCACACAGUACCGCCAAACGCCAGGUGACACCGAAUACCAUUUCAGCUGCCCCUGCGUGA